UUAAUCAUUUCUCAACAUAAUUACAACAUUUUACACCAAAUAUUUCGAUAUGUGAGGAUUGGCAAUUUAUUUUAUUGAGGUUGUUAUUUUAGACCAUCUCAAGUCUCGGAAAUUUUGCUAUAAGUAAUAUGCUUCAAAUUGUUCCAACUAAUCCGUCUAAAUGCUGUCAAUGUAAACCUUGUUAAAUGGAUUGGAAAGUUAUUGGUUUUAAAACUUGAUCAUUUGUUGAUCAUUUUUUCGCAUGUAACUGUAAAUAUUACUCUAAUCGAGUAAAUGAAUGGAGAGUAAAAAUAUCAAAAUGCCGAAAGAAAGGAUAACAUGAAGAGAGGAAAGAUGUAAAGAAAAUGAUGAUUCGAUGAUUCAAAAGUUGCUGAAGAUAAUCAAGUUUACUAAAACUUGACCGUGAACCCGUUUACCAUUUUCUCAUCGUUUAAUGUAUCAGUUAUCUGUUAUUUACUGAUCAGUAAACAUCCCCAGUUUUAAUACAGUUUAUGUUUCAACAAAACGGGUUCAUUGAGCCCUAUGGAGAUGUCUAACCCUUAUUUUGGUUCUUCCGGCUUGUCAAUUAUCAAGAUUCAAUCAAAUUAGUUAGUCUCAUGCCCUAAAGAUUUACUAAACGUCUACAUUUACAAAGUCGCUUAAUUACUGGUCAAUCCUUGGAUCUGUGGAAUUAAAGAGUGCUCAUCAGUUUUAUAUAAAUCUCUCUGGUUAAUCUCAAUGGCUGCAGUUACAUAAUUUAGGAGAAUGGAAAGUUGACUGAGAGACAUGAGAAAAAAAUCAAUCAAAACACUGAUGUGACUAUUUUUAUUGGUUGUAUUUAGCAUCUAUUUAACUUGUUUUAACCUUUAUUAAGUAUUUUUGUUGACCUAGAAAAAUGAUAUUCAGGAUGAUCGUUUUCGGGUGAAAGGGCCAACCCGAUCUUUCUCAUUCAAAACCCAUUAAAACAAGUCAAAUGGUUAAUAAACAGAUUACUCCAAAACUAUGUCUUUUGAUUGGAUUAUUACCAAACAUUAUUUCUGGCUCAUUAAUUGGUAAAAGAUUUCUAUCUUUAACUUCAAGUAAAAGCCCAACAUAUGACCUAUCAUCAGCCGGAACUCAAUCAAAUUAUGGUUACGAACAAAAUGAUUUCACUGAUUUCAGCUCAUCAAUGUCAUCUAUGUCACCAUCUUCACCUUCAUCAACAUCCUAUUCAACCAAUUCAGCAUCAUAUGGAUUACCAAAUACAAAAGCUUACUCUCAAUCAUCAGACCCAUUAGAUGCGUUUCCAAGUUCCUCUAUGGCUCAAUCAUACCCAAAUUCAGCUGGUGGUAGUUAUCCUUUCCCCAAAUAUAGUCCAUCCUCUAUGGGUUAUCCAGGAAAACCAGCCAUGAAUCGGUUCAAUUACUAUGGUCAACCAAUGAGAACAUCCAAUUCAUUUAAUUAUCCAUCAUCUUCAUUAUUACCUUAUGGAGGUUUACCUUCUUCUUCUCGUUAUGGGUCUUAUCCUCAAUAUUCAUCUAGAUUCAAGGGUUAUUAUCCUUAUCAUAGAUUUGGUAAUAGACUGAGACGAAAUGGCUAUAAACCAAGAUAUUACAAAGGAAGAUAUUCCAAGCGAUACCGUAAACCAUAUUAUUACGGGUCACGUCGUUAUCGAUCAAAAUACAAUUCAGAUUAUGACUACUACCAGGAUUCCAGGGAAACUGAUUCACACAUUGCUUCAGAAUCAUCUCCAAACGAAACAUUUUAUUCCUUUUCAACAAACAAUAAUUCAGGAUCCAAAGAUUAUCUUAAAAUUGGUGGAAUUGGCAACAAUAUUCUAAGUUAUUUGGCUGGUUCCAUAUUAAGAGGUGACCCUUCAAAAGUAAUUAACACUAAUUCAACUACAAAUUCAAGCUUAGAUGCAUCCAAAGAGCCAUAUGAUGGACCCUUCAUUCAAUUUGGCGAAACUAAAAUCACAUUGAAAACCAAUGAUAAGGGUGGAAUCACGGUGACGGUCGGGCGGAGUAAAAUGUAAUCUUUAACCAUUGCCACAAGAUAAAUCAACUUUCCGUUAUAAAUUGUCAUUUUAAAGUGCAUUUUGUAUUAACCAAACAAACUUAUCGUGUUGAACUUUGAAUUUACUUUGUCAAUCAAUUUACAAAAAAGAUACAAAUAAUAAUUUGUAAAAAAAUGCAACAUUUAAUUUAAAAAAAGAUAGUUUUUUCAAUAAUUAAUUCAAAUUUUAUGCAUUUCUUUUGCAAUUCUUGACUAAUUAGGUAAAAAUUUGCUAUUCAAUCUCGAAUUAUUGUAAUCCUUUAUCUCAACCCUCCGAAUUAUAGAUAUCAUUAAUGGUUUUUUGCUAAUGAUGAUACGAAAAACAACAAACAAUAUGAACAAUUGAUGGGAUAAAAACUAGCGUAACAGCUUGUCAAUUGAUUAGAUAUUAUAUUGAAAAUAAUGCCACUCAUUUGUGUGACAAUUAAACAAUUUGUGAUAGUUUAGAUCGCUAUACCAAUUCAAAUGUCUUCAAUAAAGGUUUAUCUUGAACGAGUGAGUAACAUCAGUGAAAACUAUACAAACAACCAUCUUUCUUUUAGAGGCCUUGUUUUGCCUUUGCCUUGCUCAUUGUAAUUUUAUAUCUGUCGUGUGCAUGUACCUUUCUCUUUACAUAUUUCUCUUUAUUAAUAACUAGCUUAUUUUUCAAUCAAUCGUGUUUACUUUAUUUAUCAAUAUCAACUCUAAUUUGACUUGGAUCAUUUGCUAAGGUGAUC